AUGGGGGAUUUAGAGAGAAUGGGCAGAGAACUCAAAUGUCCAAUCUGUUGGAGUUUGAUCGAUUCUGCGGUUUCGCUCACCUGCAAUCAUCUUUUCUGCAACUCGUGUAUUAUCAAGUCCAUGAAAUUGGCCUCUGCUUGUCCUGUCUGUAAAAUUCCGUUCACUCGUCGGGAGGUUCGUCCCGCUCCUCAUAUGGAUAACUUGGUCAAUAUAUACAAAAGCAUGGAAGUUGCUUCAGGAAUUAAUAUAUUUGUCACCCAGAAUGUACCUGAUGCUAAAUUAUCAGAUGGAGAAAAACAAUGUGAGGGUAAUGCCGACUCUGGCAAGGUGGAAGCUGGUGGAUCUCAUACAGGUCAUGUGCAGGAGAAGAAAACCCGGAGGAUAAAGAAGUCGAAGGUGACGUGCCAGAUCAGCAUGGGAAGUUCAGGUUCUGGCUUACCAAAGCCUUCUUUUCCAGCAAAGAAAAGGGUGCACGUGCCACAAAAUAUUCUUUCAGAGACUCCAAUGAAGAAUUUGAAGCUUGGAGAUUCACCUAGUGAAAUUAACAAAGAGAUAGAAGGGAUGGAAAAGGUUCCAAUCAUGGAAAGUGAAAGGCCUCUACUAAGUGAAAAAUCUGCUCCUGUUCUUUCACCUUUCUUUUGGUUGAGAGAGGAAAAAGAUGGUGAGAAGUUGAGUCAACCCACUGAUGAUGAUCAAAUUAUUGACGGCUUAACACCAAAUCCUCCUUCAUUUAGUGAUCUGAAGGACUCGGAUGAUGACAACAAUUCUAAUGUUGCUCCAUUCGUAAGUACUGAUGGGGUGCAAAAUCAAAUCUCUGUUAAUUUAUUUGAUAGUGAGAUGUUUGAAUGGACACAGAGACCUUGCUCUCCUGAAUUAUUUUCAAGUCCCUCUAAAAUUCAGGUCAUGGAUACGUAUGAGGAUGAUGACAAUCAAGAUGAAUUGGUGGCGGCCUCUCAAGAGAGGGACACAAAUCUGUCAAAUUCUAAUGCUGACAACAUAAGGUUUGAGAAUCCAAAAGGAAAUAAAACAUCUGAUGUAUUACCACCGAGUGUGUCUGCUCAAAUUAGAAGUUAUGCUGAUAUAAAGGGAAAAACGAAGUCUAGGAAAAGAGGCAGGAAGGCUUGGAAUAAAAUUAGGCAGGAGCAGAUUGGCGAACCAAAAAGCUCAAUUGAUGGAAUGCAUGUUGAUGCAAAUAUAUCAUUAGCAGUCACUCAGGAACAAGCAUUGGACUAUAAACACAUAUCUUCUAAUCUGGGGAAGGCUAGUAGAAGGGGCAAGACGGUUUGUUUCAAUACCAGUUCAAUUCCAUCAUCUACAAGUGCAUGCACAGUGCCUGAUACGUGUGGAGUUCUAAGCAUUGGUGAAAAGAUUGUUACAAAUUUAUGUACUUCGCCAUGUAAACAAGAAAAUGAGAAGCAUUGUCCUCGGGAGAUUGUUGGAAUAAGCCAGAAGAGAAGAUCUGCAAAACAAAAUAUGGAUCAAACCAAUAAGUUUGCUGGUUCUGCUUCAUCCAUUUUCAAUCUGCAGACAGAUGAUAAUGUGAAGAGCUCUAAAAGCAAGCAAGGCAAAAACAUGUUUUCUAGAGAAUUGAGAACUACUAAAAGGCGAAAACUUUCCUCUUUAUGCACCUCUAUUACUAAUAACGAUGAAGAAAUUCUACCUAAUGAAAAUAUUCAUCAAGGUCCUAAUGUCAGGGAGUUGAAUGAUACAUCGUUGAUGGACAAAACAGUUUUAAGGAAAUGUCAGAGUAAUGUCAAAAUGUAUCAAUGUGUUUUCUGUCUCUCAUCAGAAGAGUCAGAGGCUUCUGGCCCUAUGGUGCAUUACUUUGAUGGCAAGCCUGUAACUGCUGAUUAUGAAGGGGGGUCUACAGUCACGCAUUGUCACAGGAACUGCACAGAAUGUCAAACUCCAAUUCGGCCUGCUCAUAAAUCUUACAAGAAAAUUGUACUAUGUUGUUCUGCUCUAUCCGUACAUGAGAAGGAAAUUGUUUCCAAAUUCGUAAGUAUGUCGAAAGUUGCAGUUUUGAAAAAUUGGGACUCAACUGUCACCCAUGUCAUAGCAUCAACGGAUGAAAAUGGGGCAUGCAGAAGGACCCUGAAAGUAUUGUUGGGUAUCCUGGAGGGAAAGUGGAUUCUCAAAGUUGACUGGAUCAAAGCUUGCACGAAGGAACUGAAUCCUGUUGAUGAAGAGCGUUAUGAAAUUAAUGUUGACAUCCACGGAAUUAGGGAUGGUCCUCGUCUUGGACGACUAAGAGUAUUGAACAAGCAACCAAAGCUUUUUGAUGGCUACAAGUUUUAUUUUAUGGGAGAUUUUAUACCUUCAUACAAGGGGUAUCUGCAAGACCUUGUGGUUGCUGCUGGAGGGAUAAUUCUGCAUAGAAAACCAGUGUCUGGUGACCAAAAAUCAAUGUUACCAGAUAGGCAUCCAUACCAAACCCUCAUACUUUACAGUCUCGAGCUGCCUGAUAACUGUGUGCCUUCAAAAACAGAUACAAUUUGCAGCCAAAGGUGUCAUGAUGCAGAGGUUCUGGCAAGUUCUACAGGCUCAAAGGUAGUAACUAAUACAUGGAUUCUGAAUUCAAUUGCAGCCUGCAAACUGCAAUGCCUUGCUCGAUGA